AUGGGCUACUCGGUGAGAACGGCGCUGGACAUCCUCGGCCACGAUGCCCGGGUGGUGGUCGCGGAGCUGGUGCCAGGCGUGGUUGAGUGGAACCGGGGUGUGCUUGCCGAUCUGGCUGGCCGGCCUCUUGACGAUGGCCGGACUGAACUCUAUGAAACUGACGUUAUUCAGCUGAUAAAGGCCGCCGGAGGUGACUACGACGCCAUCAUGCUUGAUAUUGACAAUGGAGCGGAGGCGAUGGUCCGAAAGGGCAACAAUUGGCUAUACAGCCUGCCGGGGCUGACCGCCACCUACGCGGCGUUGCGGUACGGCGGUGUAUUGGCGAUGUGGUCUGCCGGUCCUCAACCGGCAUUCGUCAGACGGUUGCGCCGUGCUGGUUUCGAGGUGGAUGAAGUCAAGGUGCGGGCGCAUGGUGCAAGCAACCGCAAGGGGGGCGCACAUCAUGUCGUUUGGAUUGCAACGCGCGGUUGA